UUCUACACGUGAUCUAAUUGCCAGUGAUCACUUGAGCGAAGCGAGAACAGGUCGAAUCAGAACCGUGUCUGCACAUAGUUGCUUCUACCUCAUACUCUUCCCUCCCUUAUGUCUAUUUUUGACUCCAGAUACCUGCUAUCUAACAUCACCUUUAGCACAAAUUCUGUCCCUCACUCCCUCUCAAGUCCUGCGCUUUCACCUUCACCAAGUGUCAUUUUGGCAUUAAUUUAUAGCAGCCGCUUACAUAGUUCAGAUGCCCGAAGAUAUUGCCAUGGAUAUAUUACCAAGUGGAAAUAUUUUCCGAGAACUUCAGGUUGUGCAUGAGACGGGCUACUUUUCAUCUCAGCCAUCCCUAGAAGACCGUUGGCAACAGAACUGUUUGGAAAUGGAGCGAUAUUUAAAAAACGAACCAAAAUUAACUGCUUUUAAAAAUCUUAAAUCUGAUCGAAAUUCUUUUGAUGAUUUUAAUGAUGAAGAUGAAGAGGAUGAGAAUGCCGAUAGCAAUGGUGAUGGUUUUGAAGAGAUGGAAGACCUAAAUUUGGAAGAUCAGACAAUGGAUUCUGUUAGUGUGCACAGUUUUGAAUCUUCUUCAAGUGGUGUAUCAUGGGAUAGCAAUUUGAGUGACACACCAGUUUCUCCCCAUAAAUCUCCAAAAGAUUCUAUAAUUGGAAAUUGCCUCUUAAAAUGUCGGGUUGGACAUAAAUUAAACAAUACUGAAAGAAAUGAAAUAAAAAAAGUUGCCAUGUACUCAUCACCAGGGAAACAAUCACGUUCAUACUCUCUUCAACCAGGACACAUUGCUCAAGUAAUUCACCAACUUGAAAAUGGAUCAAGUUCAGACAUUAGAAGAAGAAUACACAAAUGUUUCUAUGAGGGCUGUAAAAAGGUCUACACAAAAAGCUCUCAUUUAAAAGCUCAUCUUCGAACGCAUACAGGGGAGAAGCCAUACAAGUGUUCAUGGAUGGGAUGUGAAUGGAGAUUCGCUCGGUCUGAUGAGCUCACACGACAUUACCGCAAACACACCGGUGCUAAACCUUUUCAAUGCAAGUACUGUGACCGUUGCUUUUCGCGAUCUGAUCAUUUGGCAUUACAUAUGAAGAGACAUCCACCUGCUGAACUUUGACCCCUGCACUAGCAAUAAUUUUAUUAUAUCCACUGAAAACAUCAUCAUUUUGCCGACUGCUGCAAUUUACUUGGGUGUCAGCAAUUUGGCUUCUAACACAUCUGUGAUAUUUUUUCUUCUAGUAUAGCUGUAUUUACUUUUUCUUAUCAAAUCAAUUGUUUAUAGAUAUGUGUGCACACAUAAGUACAAUUAUAUGCAUACCUUAUCCUCCUUCCACCUCUCUUUACUUUUAUAUAUAUGUAUAUAUAUAUGUAUAUAUAUGUGUAUAUAUAUAUAUAUAUAUUAUAUAUAUAU